AUGGCCGAUACAGAAAUAUUUAACGAUACUUAUUUUAAUGGCACCACUCAUAUAAUGAUCAAUAUUCUUCAAGCAAUAAAAAGUAUCAAAUUGCACAUACAAACCGUAAAUAUAAAACAUUCGUCGAUACAAUUAAUUGACAUCCACAGAACAAUACAUUCUCCGAAUAAAACGAUAUACGAUUCUACAAAGAAUAUUUUACACCUCGAUUUUAUCGAAGUGAUAUAUCCCGGGUUGUAUACCUUGAAAAUUUGUACAACUAGUCGUAUUUCCAAUUACGAUAGUGAAAAAAACAUCUUCAUAAACACUAAUUACUGGAGUAAUGACUCGCAAGACAUGUGGUCAAUCGCACCGAACAUCCAAGAUAUUGGAGCUAAAACAUUAUUUCCUUGUUGGGAUGAGCCACACUUAAAGACUACGUUUCUAGUUUCUGUAAGGCACAAUCCACACUUUAAUGUUUUAUCCAAUAUGCCAAUUAGGGAAGCAAUAAGGGAAUUCCAUAUUAAAGAUGUUGUAACAGAAUACAUACAAUGGACACACAAUGGACAUACACAGUGGACACACUUCUAUCCUACACCACCAAUAUCCACUUAUCAAUUUGUGAUUGUUAUAAACCACAUGAGUAAAGUGAAAUUUAAAGAAAAAAUAGAAGAUAAACUUAACAUGACUUUAUGGUAUCGAUUUAUGCGUAAAAUAGAAUUCGAACGCAGGAUAGCAUAUAAGGUAGCACAACAAUGGUUUGGAUAUCCAGUUAGCUCAACUUGGUUGAAUAAUGUUUGGUUACAUGAUGGACUUGCUAUAUUUUUUGCAGAAGACGCUAUCGCUAAGAUAUACAAUGAUUCUGAGUUAAUGAAUUUAUUCAUAAUUCAAAAUCAGUACGAUUCUUUAAAUUUGGAUUCCUAUUAUGAUCUAAAUUUUCCAAUAAUUAAUACGGUACCAGAUUUUGAAUCACUUUUAAAUUUUCCCCGAUACAUUAAAGGACAGUACCGCGUUUAUUAUGAUUCAGAAAACUGGCUCAAUAUCGCAAAUUACCUAAAUUCAGGAAAAUAUGAAGAUGUGAAUGUUAUUGAUCGUGCUAAGUUUAUUGAUGAUGCGUUUCAUAUGGUAAUCGAUCAUCAGCUUAAUGGAUCCGUAUUUUGGAAUCUUACAAAGCACUUAUCACAAGAGACAGAUUAUGUGGCGUGGUUUCCUAUGAUCAAAGCGUUAGAAUACAUAUCAACUGUGUUUCCAUUAUCAAAAGAUGAAGAAACUAAUUUCACUCAUGUUAAGAAAAAUAUAGCAGAAUUAUUGGAUAAACCUCUGAAAAUACUAAGAUUUGAAGAAGAUCCGAUGGAAAAUAAUCUCACCAAAUGUUUAAGACAAGAUGUUUUAAGAUGGGCAUGUGCUGCUGAAAACUCCAUGUGCUUAAAUAUAGCCUAUGAUAAGUUAAAACAACAUCUUCGUAAUUCAACAUCAGUCAAUGAAAUUGCUGAAUAUACUGCAUUAACUAUGAUCAUUAACAACAUAUAUUCUCCUAAAGUAGUUUAUAAAAUAGGCAAUAUGUUGAAGGAGCAACAAUCCUUACAAAAAAUAGAAUCAGAAGUUCAACAUAAGAUAAAAACACGUAUAUCUGAACUUGAAAGACAUAUUGAACAUUUUCGCAUGUUUCUAAAUUAA